AUGCCUCGGAAGCAGGCAGUAGAUCAAUCCAUCUACCUGGACGAAGCCGAGGGGUUCAUCCUCGAACACGCCCUGAUCUCACCUCCAAGGACGUGGCCACCCUUACCACCUGAACCACAAGAGAGCCGUUUGGUGGCUAAUCGGAAGAAGAUGGAUUGGGAGGAGGAAGUUAAAGCUCAUCCAGACGAACCGAUCGAUAUACCCAUAAGAAAGCAUAGAGAUAGUAAUAACAGUGAUGAAGGGGAGGACGAUGCUAAUAAGGAAAGAUGUGUGAUAUGCCUCAUGGCAUUGAGAGAUAGAACGAUAGUAGGAAUCUGUGGACAUGAGUUCUGUUUUGAAUGUAUAGGUGUUUGGGCAAAUCAAAGUAGAAGAUGUCCACUAUGUUCAGCAGAUAUGGCCCCAUUCCUCUUACACGACCUAGAUGCUAAAACUCCUACCAAAUUCUACCUUCCUCCACUGCCAUCUCGUCCGUCUCCUACAUCAUCGCUUCCUGGUCCGUCUCGAAUCCGACUGCCUGAAAUGACAAGACGUCAACCUUCACCUGAGAAAGUAGAACCGGAUGAACUGGAUCUUCAGGUGGAAAGAAGGAGGGAGAUAUAUAGACACGAGCUCUACGUGAAACAUAUAGGCUCUAAUCCACAUACGAGAUACAGACCUAAUCCAACACCACGUCAAAUAUCAGAAGAUCCAAUAUUGAUUCAACGUGCAACAGCUUUUUUAAGACGUGAAUUAAGGGUAUGGUCCUUAAUCGACGUUGAAUUCUUGACAACGUACAUUAUUUCCCUCUUGAAAACUAUAGAUAUACGUUCAGAACCCGCUAUAAGAUUAUUAACUGAUUUCUUAGAUAUAAAUGAAAAUGAAUUUGAGGAAUUUCCACCAAAUGCUUCUGAACAUUUCGCUCAUGAACUGUAUAGUUAUUUGAGAAGUCCUUUUAAAGAAUUAUGGAGAUGGGAUGAAGUGAUUCAGUAUGAUCCUGUACCUUCACAUCAAUCUCAUCGAUCACGCUCUCCAUCUCCAGCUCGUAAAUCACAUUCUGCUUCGCGUUCACAAUCUCCCCCACUCCCACCGCCGCCUCGUCCGAGAUCAGCAUCUCCUUCCAGUUGUCGAUCCCGCUCGCGCUCACCUAAACGUGGUCGUCAAUGGUCAAGAAGAGACGUAUUCGUUCCUUCCAUUUCUCCUGACGCCAAGCGAUGGGAUGAAAAUGACACUUGGUUAGAUCCUGACUAUGCUCAAUGGCUAGAAGAGGAAAAGCGACGCGAUCACGAACGAAGAGAGAGGAAGAGAAGUAGAAGAGCGAGCGAGAGGGAGAUACCGAAUGGCAGGGAACAAAAGCCAAUGCGAGCAUGGGGUCAACCCAUACCGAAGAAGGUUGAAUUACUCCCCGACCCAGGGGAACCUCCGUUACGAAUGGAUGAAUUAGUAGAAGAACCUGAAGUGGUGGAGGUGAAAGAAGAGCAAGACAUAAUCAAAGAAGGUAUGGGUAAGAAUGGAUUGUCGAUUCGAGGAGCUGCGAAAUCCGUUGAGCCACAACAACCUACCACAUUGACAGCUCGUCAAAAACUUCUGGAAAAAUUGGCCAAAGCAAAAGCACAAUCCGCUACACCGAUCCCGCAAAAAUCUACUUCAACAUGUAAUGGCAUGACCGUUCAACAGAUAACAAUGAGGGAAAGAUUGGCCAAAUUGAAAGCUGAAUCAUCAUGGACAGGAUUCAUUCCUGAUCCUGAUUCCAUAUCUGAUGAUAAAGCAAUUGUAUCCCCCAAGUCAAAUUUAGCUGAAAUCUCACCUCCACCUAUACCUCAUACAAUAUCAGAUCCAACAUCAUCAUCUCAAUCGGCGACAGGAGUGAGAGCACUAGUCCGCGCGAGAAUCAAGAUGAAACUCAAACUUGAAAGUGAGAAAGCGACCUUUAGGAGAAACGUGAAUGAAUCCAAAGCACAAGAAUUAAGAAGAAGAUUGUUAGAAUCGAAAGCCAAGAAAGAAGCUGAGGAAGUGAUCAAUAACUACGGUGGCAUGGAUAAAGUCUUGAGGAAGAUGACAACUGAAGAAAGGAAAAAGGAAGUCAGAAGGAGAUUGAUGAUGUUGAAAAUGAUCGAAGCUGAAACGGAGAAUGAAAGGCGUACAAGAGAACUAAAAGAAAAACUAUUAGCAAGAAAACAGAAGAUUUCUUCUACUGCCAAUCAGGCGAAUCCCCCUAUUGCUGCUUAG